CCUCCUGGGGGCAGAGGGGCCGGUUCAUAAGGGGGUGCGGGCACCCCCUGACCCUCCCGCCCCCGGCAGGCAUGGACGCCCGGCCGCUCUUCCAGUCGCUGCAGGCACUGGCGGAGGACAACGCCUCCUUCUUCCAGCGGAGCGGCACCGAGAGCGGCCGUCGAUUCGCCGCCGCCUUCGCCGCGCUGCGGGAGCAUGGCCGGCGCCUGGAACCGGCCCUGCGGCACUUCGCCCCGCCUCUACCACGCUUCGACCUGGACGAGGCCACGCCGGGCAACGGCUACCGCAGCCUGGUGCAGACAGCGCGCUGUUGCCUGGCCCACGCCGUCCAUAAGAGCCGCUACGUGGCCGCCCACCGCCGCAGCGUCUUCUUCGCGCCGGGCACAACGUAGCCGAACUGGAGGCCUACUUGCGCUGCGCUGGCCCAGCUGCGUGCCCUCCUCUGCCUGGCCCAGCGGCUGCUGGCCCACAACCGCCCCGGCUGCCUCUUCCCGCCCGAGGAGGACGGCCUGAGCGAGCUGGUGCUGCGUGAGUACAGCACCAUGCACAACGGCUGCUUCUACGGCCGCUGCCUCGGCUUCCAGUUCGCUCCCUCCAUCCGCCCCUUCCUGCAGACCAUCGCCAUCGGCCUCGUCUCCUUUGGGGAGAACUACAAGCGCAACGACAUGGGGCUGGGGGUGGCUGCCGGGUCCCUCUUCACCAGCGGGAAGUUUGCCAUCGACCCCGAACUGCGGGGGGAUGAGUUCGAGCGCCUGACGCAGAACCUGGAAGUGCAUUUCUGGAAGAGCUUCUGGAACCUGACUGAGAGCCGACCCCUGACACCCCCCCCCCCCCCCCCGCAGUCGGUGGCCAGCAUGACGGCCACACAGGUGGGGGUGUGCCGGGCGCUGACGGUGCCCCCCGAGCCCCUGGAGCUGCCGCUGGCUGCCGACCCCUCGGUCACCGUCACCAUCGCUCCCCCCGUGGCCCACACCGGCCCCGGCCCCAUCCACAUGCGGCUGCUCUCCUACCAGCUGCGGGAGGGGCAGGACAGCGCGGCGCUGAGCGCCCUGACGCGCGCCGAGGGUCCGCGGGGCGCCACUGCGGUGGUGGCGGGGGCCCCCCCUACCGCCCUCACCCCCGCCUUGCUGGUGCAUUUCCACGGGGGGGGCUUUGUGGCGCAGACCUCCCGCUCCCAUGAGCCCUACCUGCGGGGGUGGGCCCGCGAAUUGGGGGCCCCCAUCCUCUCCGUCGACUACGCCCUGGCCCCCGAAGCCCCCUUUCCCCGCGCCUUGGAGGAAUGCUUCUACGCCUACUGCUGGGCCCUGCGCAACUGCCGCCUGCUGGGCUCGACGGCGCAGCGCGUGUGCUUGGCGGGCGACAGCGCGGGCGGCAACCUCUGCCUGACGGUGUCGAUGCGGGCGGCCGCCGUGGGGGUACAAGCGCCCGACGGCAUCAUGGCGGCCUACCCCGUCACCCUGGUGCAGGCGGCCGCGUCCCCUUCCCGCCUGCUGACGUUGCUGGACCCGCUCCUGCCCCUCGGCGUCCUCUGCAAGUGCCUCAGCGCCUAUGCAGGCACGGAGGGGGAGGCAGAGCCCCCCACCCUGGAGACCCUCAGCCCCACGCGACUGCUGCGCCGGGACACAGCCCUGCUGCUCCGCGACCUGCGACGGGGGGCGGCUGCUUGGCUGGGGGGGCUUUUCCGUGGGGCCCCCACCCACCCUGACCCGGCACGCAAAAGCAUCUCGGAAGCGGCGGGGGCACCGCAGGAGGAGGAGUCCCCCAGCAGCUGCCCCCCAGGGGCUCCCCACGACAGCGAGGGGACCCCCGAGGACGGGGGGGACUCACUGGAGUACCCAGACGAGUUUCAGCCCCUGCGCAGCCGGGGGCCCCCCGCCCGCUUCGACCUGCCCCCCGCUCCCCUGGCCAGGAACCCCUACAUGUCCCCGCUGCUGGCUCCUGAUGGCAUGCUGGGGGGGCUGCCCCCCGUCCACCUGGUGGCCUGCGCGCUGGACCCGAUGCUGGACGACUCGGUGGCGCUGGCCCGGCGGCUGCGGGCGCUGGGGCGGCCGGUGACGCUGCGGGUGGUGCCCGACCUGCCCCACGGCUUCCUCAGCCUGGGACCCCUGAGUCCCGAGACCCGCCAGGCCACCGCCAUCUGCACCCGCCUCAUCCGCGACAUCCUGCAGCCCCCCCGGUGCCCCCCCCGGACGGCGCCCGCCGCGGGUCGCUGCUGCUGGGCCCCCGCAGGGACAGCCUGGCCCCACAGGACGGUCUCCGCCGUGGGUCGCUGCUGCUGGGCCCCCCGUAGGGACAGCCUGGCCCCACAGGACAGCCCCCGCCGUGGGUCGCUGCUGCUGGGCCCCCGCCGGGACAGCCUGGCCCCGCAGGACAGCCCCCGCCGUGGGUCGCUGCUGCUGGGUCCCCCGCCGGGACAGCCUGGCCCCACAGGAUGGUCUCCGCCGUGGGUCUGUGCUGCUGGGCCCCCCGCCGGGACAGCCUGGCCCCACAGGACAGCCCUCGCCGUGGGUCGCUGCUGCCAGGGGCACGGCGGGACAGCCUGGCCCCACAAGAAGGUCCCCGCCGCGGGUCGCUGCUGCUGGGGGGCCACCGGGAGAGUUUGGCGACCCACGGCAUGGGGGCCACAGCGAGCCUUGGGUCCCUGGCUGCAGCAACCCACAGCGUGGCAGACGUGGGGGGCCUUGGAGCUGCGCCGACCCCACGGCUCAAUGGCUGCAGCCAACCCCGGCGUUGGGGGCACGCUGACCCACAGCGAUGGCACCACCCCGACCCACGGCUCUACAACUGCAGCGACCCACAACGAUGGCACUGCUCUGACCCACGGCACCAGCACCGGCUCGACCCGUGGCAUUGGGGCCACCUCAACCCACGGCAAUGGCACUGCUCCAACCCACGGCACUAGGGCUGGAUUAACCCACAGCACCAGCACCGCCCUGACCCACGGCAUUGGCACUGCAUCAAGCCACACUGACGGCGCCGUCCUGACCCACGGCACCAGCACCGCCCUGACCCAUGGCAUUGGCGCUGCAUCAAGCCACACUGACGGCACUGUCCUGACCCACGGCGCCAGCAACGCCCUGACCCACGGCAUCGGCACUGCGUCGACCCACCCUGACGGCGCUGUCCUGACCCACGGCAUCGGCACUGCGUCGACCCACAGCGCCAUCAGCACUGCAUCGACCCACCCUGACGGCGCUGUCCUGACCCACGGCAUCGGGGCUGCCCCUGACCCAUGGCACCACCGCCCCCCUGCCCUGCCACACGGGGUCCCUGUCAGCCCCCGAAGCUGGGGCCCCCCCCCCGAUGCCCCUCAGCAGUGCAGCCACCCCCGUGCUGCGGGGCCCUGGCAGAGGGGGGGACCCCCAGCCCCCCAGAUGGCCCCAGCCCCUCCCGGGCCCCCCCCCAGACGGCGGCACAGUGGGGCCCAGCCAGUUGCCCGCCGCCCCAGCGGCCCUGCAGGGCGUGAGGUGGGGUCCUGA